AUGACUACUGAGAAAACAAGUGUUUUUAUGAUUCAAAUUAAUGAAAAUCUUGAUAUUUCAAAAUAUUUAGGGUUCAUUGAUAGAUCUAUUUCAAUGAUUAAAUCAGAUGAAUUAGUUAUUUUUAUUAUUGAAAAAGAAAAUAAAGUAUUUCAAGCAAAGAAUAAAACAAGGUUUUUUAAUCUAAUACAUGAACUUCUAAAUACAAUUUAUAUUAUUUCAGAAAAUAGUAAAAAAAGAUAUAAUAAGGCUGAUUUAGAAGUUAAUAUUGUUUUUAAUGAAUGGUGUGGAUAUGAAUUAUUUUCAGAGGAAAAAAAUUGGGAUAAAAUUUAUAUUAUAAAAGAGGAUAAAUGUUUAAUAGAAGCAAUUUCAUUUGAGAUGAAAUCUUAUGUUUUAAUUCUUUCAGAUGAAGAUAUAAAUAGUUUUAUUAUAAAAAAAAAGAAGUUUGAGAGAUAUGUAAAAACACAGAUUGAAGAAGAAUCUUUAUCAUAUAAAUAUGUAGCAGUGGGGGGAACUUUUGAUCAUUUACACGCAGGACAUAAAAUUUUAUUAACAAUGAGUGCAUGGAUUAGUGAGGAAAACGUAGCAUGUGGUGUAAGUGAUAAGGAAUUAUUAAAAAAUAAAAAAUAUGCAGAAUGGAUUGAACCGAUUGAGAUUAGAAUGGAAUCAGUUCGAAAAUUUUUUUAUUUAAUUAAUAGAACUUUAUCUUUAUCAGUGUCCCCGAUUUUUGAUAUAUACGGUGUGACGAUUAUAGAUGAUAGGAUAGGCGCAAUUGUUGUAUCUCAAGAAACAAUAUCUGGUGGGAAGUUGAUUAAUGAAGAAAGGAAACGUAGAAAUAUGAAAGAACUUGAUAUUUUUUGUAUUUGUAUAAUUUCUGAUGAAGUUGAUAGUGAACUUAUGUCUAUAAAAAUAAGUAGUACGAAUAUUCGUGAAAAAAUAGCAAAAAAACAAUUUAAAAAUGAGUUAGUCAGUGAGAUAUUGGAGUAA